AGAAAGUUCCUUGAUCCUCUCUCCACCACACAAAUGGAUUCUCUAAUUUUCCUUACCAUUGUUGUAGCUGCAAUAUGCUUCUUCGUGAUUUUAAGAAGUUUUAGAUCCGAGGAAGAAAUAAAAGAAAUGGAUUCUUCUUCGUUAUCACCUUCAUCUUAUUUGUCUCACAAGUGGACACAUGACGUCUUUCCAAGCUUCCGCGGUGAAGAUGUCUGCCGAGACUUUCUCAGUCAUAUUCAAAAGGAGUUCCAAAGAAAGGGAAUCACACCAUUCAUGGAUAAUGAGAUCAAGAGAGGAGAAUCCAUAGGUUCAGAACUCAUACAUGCCAUUAGAGGAUCUAAAGUCGCCAUCAUCUUGCUCUCGAGGAACUACGCUUCGUCAAAGUGGUGUAUUGAAGAAUUGGUGGAGAUUAUGAAGUGUAGAGAAAGGUUAGGUCAAACUGUGAUGGCUGUUUUUCAUAAAGUAGAUCCAUCUGAUGUAAAAUGCUUGACGGGAGACUUCGGGAAGGCUUUCAGAAAAACUUGUGCCGGUAAAAGUAAGGAGGACAUUAAAAGAUGGAGACAAGCUUUAGCAAAAGUGGCCACAAUUGCGGGUUACCAUUCAAGCAACUGGUUGGUCUUUUCUAAUUCUACUUGUUUUUUUGUUUUAAAUGGUGAGAGACUAUAAUGUGUUUU